GAUGUUUCCAGCGUCCCUCCUCUCAUUUAUUACCUUCCUCCUCCUCUUCUCCAACACUCUUUCUGCCCCUUCUAGGACAGGUGCCCAUCACACACUGCCCACACGACCAUGCCCAACCGCAGUCGACACUUCCAACCCGAUAAUCCCAUUCCUCAAUUACGGAAAAAUACGCGCUGCAGCAGACGCAGCUCUAACUUUUCUCGAUUCCAAAAAGAUACCUCCUCACCGUGUGCCUCCUCGCGGUCCGCUCAAAUGCGACAAGCUUCGAAUUCGGAAGGAAUGGCGCAAACUCACUCGAGCAGAGCAGAAGGCUUACAUCCGAGCUGAGAAGUGCUUGAUGACCACCCCGACUUUAGGUCUCACCGGCAACUCAAGCCAUACGUUCUACGACGACUUGACAAACUCUCAUGCUCAAGGAUUCCUACGAUAUCACGGUAACGCCAAAUUCCUCCCUUGGCGCCGUUGGUUCGUUUGGCUUCAUAGCGUCUCCCUGGAGCGUUUGUGCGGAUACAUUGGACCUAUUCCGUACUGGGAUUACACGCUCGACGCUGGCCCAGACGUCUACAACAGUCCGAUCUUCUCCACCGAUCCAGAGGUUGGCUUUGGCGACGGAGGCUCGGUACCGAUCAACGAACUGGGUGGACGGGCUGGUGGCUACAUCGUUGACAACGGUGCUUUCGCCAACUACAGGCCCAAUCUCCCAAUGCCACAUUAUCUCGUUCGAAACUUCACCCCCGACGCUCAAUACAACCCAGAUGGUAUCUUCGGCGUUGGCGUUAGCGAUACUUUCAAUCAAACGGCACGCGAUCGUGUGAUGUCUGCCGACCACUUCUGGGAUUUCGAAGUCAAAAUCGAUGGACUUGACGAACCAGAGUGGCGAGGCGUGCACAAUAGCAUCCACUUCUUACUGGGCGGUGACGGUCAGAGCCUCAACUGGCUGGAAGGCACGCCAUGGUACGGAUCACAAGUCUUCAGCACCAAUGAACCUAUAUUUUACCUCCAUCACGCAAAUGUCGACCACGUCUGGUGGGAAUGGCAAAACAAAAACCCGAAAUUCCAAUAUGACUUUAGCGGGCCACCUGGAUCCACCGAUGGUGUAUGCGACAUGCUCCCAUUGAAUGAGAAGAACUACGUCGUCUCGGCCUUGGAGGCAGCGCUAGUCCAUAUUGAAACCCCCCUCACUGUGCCGAAUACAGCCCAGCCCGGGUUUCUGGACUCAUUCCAUCGCGUCGGCUAUGCUCUUGAGGUCAUUCUUUCAUGCGUUGUCUACGGAGGUCGGAGCCCUGCAGUCAAACAAUCGACGGUCGCCACAGUUCUGGGAAAGCUCGAUCAGUUGUUCACGUCGAAUCUGGUCUUCCUCGACUGCAUGCUAGACCCACCAAAGAAUCUACCCGCCGUCAUGCUCCCUGGAGUGGCUGUCCGUCUUGCCUGCCGACUCAUGUAUGUGAUUCUCAUCGCCCAUAAAGAACUUGCAGAAGCCAUGUUUUCCUGCCCGACAGCAACCCAGCUCGCCCUACGACUCUGGUCGGUUUCCAAAAACCAAAACGGGGAUGCAUACCUGGACCUUCCUGCCAUCGCCGGAUCCCCCGAUCCAUCAACCAUUAUUCAACUUUAUGUGCUGAUAGAGAGCGGUAAAGCGGCGUUAAUCGACGCCUUGUUAUGCUCACGGAGCCAUCGUCGCGCGUUUUCAACUGCAUUCGUAUCCCGGGUUCGCCAGAUCGGCCUAUAUAGGGACAGUAACAAUGGGUCGAAUGUCUUCCCUAUCCCUGGCACGGAGAAUCACUGGCGCAUGGUCAAAGAUGUGGCUGUGGGGCUAGCCACCCAUCCAACCAUCUAUCGCUCCCUGUCCCGUCUUGAUUUCUUCAAAGUAUGGGCCCGCACUCUCGUGACGGCAAUAGGCGAUAAUACUUCACCUCAAGUCAUCGACAGGACAUGCGACAUCAUCGUUGCGGCUGAGAUGUGCGGUGGUAACAAGUGGGCAGCGGUCAGGGAUGUUGUACUCGAAGGGUUUCUCUGUGUGGCUCUCAGAUCGCUCCUGGACAUUGCUCGAACGGAUGACAAAGGUCUGGUGGAGAGGGCUACAUGGAUCCCACAAUAUCUCAGCAAAUACGCGUAUUAUCCUUCUUUCACUCCACUUCUUCAUGGGCAAAUCAGCAGUGUUGUCGGAGUCGAGGGUCAGCAGCGUCGCCUGGAGCGUUCGCCGAUCGCCAGAGAACUUUAUGCAUUCAUUGGUGCCGCUCACGAAGCCAAUGAAAGUCGGUACGAACCUCCCGAGCGACAUGUUGUGAUCUGCGACAACUCGAGUGCGCCCCACUCGUGCCCGAAUCCGACGAGCCUUGAUCCGACGAAGGCAGGGAAAACCUGUGGGGGAUGUCAUUGGGUCAACUACUGCAGCGCGAAAUGUCAGCAAGAAGACUGGACUCGACGGCAUAGAUGGGAAUGCGCCGAGAUGCGUCGAGAAUACAUUGCUGAUAAACUGUCGGGUGCACGGUAUUCGUACACCAUGCGCUACUUUCAAACCCAAUUUAUCAUGGCCUCUGUCUUGUUUUACGCUCAAGGUCAGCUCGACAACUUCCUCGUCUUGGACUACAGUCGUGGAGAUCUAUACCAUGGUGCUGGGAGGAGGUACAUGCCUGCCGAGACAUACCAGGAGUAUCGCCUCAAAUCUAAUUGCCCUGCCAUCGAGGCUCGCGUUGAUGGAUUCGUGGCCGACGUUAUUGGCCAGCCCUUCCAACACUAUUCUACUCGAAGCGGGAUUCGGACGCACCCACGAUUCCGCGAUCUCUUUGGUUAUGAAGCUCGAGCGAAUCGAAGGUGGAGAAGGUACCCAGGUCAAAGACCACUGGAGGUUGUGUGAAAGCGUGGCUCGCGUUGUAAACACCUUCGACGGUCUCUUCUCCCCGUUGUACUAAACGGACUAUUAAUCACAUAUAUUUCCACUGGAA